UAAAAAUCCGGAUCCAUUCCGAUUACUUAGACCAAUCUUCCAUUUACACAUAUUAUUGCGGUACAAUCUUCCAUGAAACCGUUCAGAUCGGACCACGACACGGCUCGAUGACACUUCCAUUGUAGAAUAGUGUAUGCAUGCGCUUUCUUGAAGGUUUAUAUACAUAUACAAUUACAACUUGCAGAGAAUCAAAUUGGCACCUCUCUAUUGUCCCCUCUAUAAUUUGGAGCGUAUUAUUUCAAGUGCUAAUAUUUAUGACACCGCUCACGAGAUUGCUUUUAUCAGUAAAUAGUUUUAUCAAAUACUCUCAUGUUGAACUACAUAAAUCCGGGAAAAUACAUAACGGCAUUAUACCUAAACAAGGUAUAAAUAGAGACCGUCCAAGUUUCGUGUUCAUAGAAAAGAAGUGUUUGUACGUUAAACAACUUCUGUGUGUGUUUACGAAAGUAGCCGUUAUAAUUUUAAAGACAUUUUGAAAAAUCAAAAAAAUGGUUGGUACUUCGAAGGAAAAACGCCUCUUUAAACAGUAUGAACCAACAAUUUGUUACAAUAAGCCGCCUUCAGCACAAGUUGAUCCAACAGAGUAUGACAGCAAACGGCUUGAAACACUUUCAGGUGAGAUCGUCGAAACACUGAUCGUACCAAAGCGCACCGCUCGCACAUGGACAAUGCAGGCUGGCGAUUUGUGUCGCAUUACUGUAUGUGAAGGUUCACAGGUGGGUGAUAUGAAUUUCUGGAAUUUGGACAAUAACAAGGAACACUUCUACUCGGGCAAGACACGUCAGUUGCAUAGUACACAUCUCAAGGUUUACGAUCGCUUAUGGAGUAAUUUCCCCUAUUUGAGACCAAUGGCCACACUCGUCCACGACACCUUAGCAGAUUAUGGCAUCGACGAGCAUGGUGGUGCGCUGCACGAUGUAGUUGGUACGCGUUGUGAUGAUUAUACAUACAAAUUGAUUACCGGUAAAGAUCGUGUGGGCAGCUGUCACAGUUCACUAACGAAUGCGGUGAUCCAGGAGCGUGGUAUGAAAGAGGAAGAUGUGCAUGACGUAUGGAAUAUUUUUAUGUGCACAGGUUUCACGAGACCGUUCAAAUCAUUGGUAUUUUGUCAAAAAUUUCAGGAUACUCAACAAUAUUUUUGCAAGCCCAGCCCAGCACGUAAAGGGGACUAUCUCGAGUUUAUUGCCGAAAUUAAUCUAUUGAUUGCGCUAAGUGCCUGCCCACAAGGUGAUGUUUCAGUAGUGGUCGGUGAGGAAGUACCUGAUGAAAUAUGCCAUCCACUGAAAGUUGAAAUUUUUCGCAAAAGUAAUAAUAAUUAACAAUUUACUUCCAUUUAGACGUACAUAUGUAUGUAUGUU